UACAUCAAACAAGAAGAAGGAGAAGAAGAAGAAGUUGUAAAUUGUAGUAAUGAUUGUUCUCUGAAAAACUUGGAUCCAAAACUUCGAUUCAUUGUCUUAACAAUUCCAUAUAUAUAUAUAUAUAGAUCUAUCUCUCUAUCUAUCUGCCUCACAACACAAUCCUUUUUCUUGCCUUCCUUCAAGAUUGAUUUAGUAGCUGUUGUUCUGGAAGGAAAGGAUGAAACGAAUACGAGAUGAUGGAUAUGGUAACACUAACUCUCAAUUUAAACGCCCAUUUGCUUCUUCCCGGGCUGAAUCAUAUAGCCAACCACCAGCCCCGGGAGGAGGUGAAGGAGCUGGAGGAGCAGUUACAGCUGUGGCAGGGGGGAAUGGAGGUGGUAGCAGUGCACAAAAACUCACAACAAAUGAUGCAUUGACGUAUUUGAAGGAGGUCAAAGACAUGUUCCAAGAUCAAAGAGAGAAAUAUGACAUGUUUCUUGACGUGAUGAAAGAUUUUAAAGCUCAAAGAAUUGAUACUACUGGUGUCAUAGCAAGGGUGAAAGAAUUGUUCAAAGGUCACAAUAAUCUAAUUUUUGGGUUUAACACUUUCUUACCAAAGGGUUAUGAGAUUACUGUUAUUGAGGACGACGAGACGCCUCCAAAGAGGACAGUGGAGUUCGAAGAGGCUAUAAGCUUUGUGAACAAAAUAAAGAAACGCUUUCAAAAUGAUGAUCGUGUAUACAAAUCGUUUUUGGACAUAUUGAAUAUGUAUAGGAAAGAACACAAGGGUAUUAGUGAAGUCUAUCAAGAGGUUGCUUCGCUUUUUGAUGAUCAUCCAGAUCUUCUUGACGAGUUCACAAGAUUUUUGCCUGAUGCUUCAGCUGCUGCAUCUGCACACCAGGCUUCGUUACGACAUUCCCAACAACGUUUUGAUGAACGGAGCUCAGCCGUGGCUCCGCUUAGACCAGGACAAAUAGAUAAGCGAGGCCGGAGAGACAGAGUCAAUGCUGAACGGGACCCGAGUCCUGAUGUGGAUGAUAAAUCAAUGGUGAAACUUCACAAAGAGCAGAGGAAACGUGCUGAAAAGGAGAGCAGGGAUAGGAGAAGUAGUGAUCAGGAUUACAAAGAUCAUGAUCUUGAUAGCAAUAAGGAUAUCCAUCGUGCUGAAAAACGAAAAUCUGCACGUAAAGCUGAAGAUUUUGUAGUACAUUCAGGUUCGGCCCCAUAUGAUGAUAAAGAUGCCGUCAAAAGCAUGUACAGCCAUGAAUUUACUUUCUGCGAGAAUGUGAAGAAUAGAUUACGCAAUUCAGACGAUUAUCAAGCAUUCUUGAAAUGCCUACAUAUCUAUAGCACAGAAAUAAUUACAAAGAAGGAGUUACAGACCUUGGUUGCUGAUUUACUUGGGAAGCACACUGAUCUUAUGGAAGGUUUCAGUGCAUUUUUGGAACAUUGCGAAAACAUAGAUGGAUUCUUAGCCGGGGUUAUGGACAAAAAAGCGUUGUGGAAUGUUUCCAAGUCAACAAGGACAGAGGAGAAAGAAAGGGAGAAUAGGCGUGAAAUUGAUGCUAAUAAAGAGAAGGACAAGUACAAAGAGAAGUAUUGGGGAAAAUCUAUACAAGAGCUUGACCUCUCUGAUUGUCAGCGGUGCACUCCCAGCUAUAGACUUCUUCCUGAUGAUUACCCGAUUCCAUCAGUAAGCCAAAGAUCAGAGCUAGGUACUCAAGUAUUAAAUGAUCUCUGGGUAUCCGUGACUUCUGGUAGUGAGGAUUAUUCAUUCAAGCAUAUGCGUAGAAACCAGUAUGAAGAGAGCUUGUUUAGAUGUGAAGACGACAGGUUUGAGCUAGAUAUGUUAUUGGAGUCUGUGAAUUCAGCUACUAAACGUGCGGAGGAACUACUGAAUAGCAUUAAUGACCACUCAAUUGGUUCAGAGGGUUCCGUUCGUAUUGAAGAUCACUUCUCAGCUCUGAAUUUACGUUGCAUUGAACGACUAUAUGGGGAUCAUGGUCUUGAAGUGAUGGAGACACUGCGUAAAAACCCAUCUGUUGCAUUGCCUGUUAUAUUGAUCCGUUUGAAGCAGAAACAAGAUGAAUGGACCAAGUGUCGGGCAGAUUUUAACAAGGUUUGGGCUGAUAUUUAUGCAAAGAACCAUUAUAAGUCACUUGAUCACCGCAGCUUCUAUUUCAAGCAACAAGACUCAAAGAAUUUGAGCACGAAAUGCUUGGUGGCUGAGAUCAAGGAAAUAAAGGAAAAGAGCCAAAAAGAUGAUGAUGUGCUCCUUAGUAUUGCUGCUGGAAAUAGACACUAUAUCAUGCCAAAUCUUGAGUUUAAUUUCACCGACAAGGAUAUUCAUGAGGAUGUAUAUAAACUUAUCAAGUAUUCAUGUGAAGAAAUUUGCACAACCAAGGAACAACUGGACAUUGUAUUAAGGCUUUGGACUACCUUCUUGGAGCCAAUGCUCAGUGUACCUACGCGGCCCUGCAAUUCUGAUGGUCUUGAAGAUGUUGAGACAUCUACACGUGGUACUACCAAGAAUGAAGGCGAGAGUGAUGCAAGUCCAGGUGCUGAUAGUGUUACUUUUAGUAUUAAGCAAGCAAAACCAGCCUGCAAUGGGGAUUAUAAUGCUUCACCAAAAAGAAUAGAUUCAAACAAGAAUAUUUUGGUUAAUGGAGCUACUUCAGUUAAAGAGGAUGGAUCAAGACUAGAGAAAGAUGUUAAGAACGUAUCUGUUGGGGAUAAAGCGCCAUUAACAGGACGCGAUGCAACCUCAUCUAGACCAAAUAAUGUUGAUGAAGAUGGCCAUGAAGUCAAGUCAAACACUAAUGUUUCUUCAUCUCAGCCUGGCGACAUCUCAAGAUCUGCGACUGUGGCAAAUGGAAGCUCUGCUAAAAUUGAGAAAGAAGAGGGUGAAUUAUCCCCAAAUGGUGAUUUUGAUUUUAUGGAGAUCGAUGCAGAUGCUGAUGACGAGGACAGUGACAAUGCUCCAGAAGGUGGUGAUGAUGUUUCAGGCACUGAGUCUGCUGCAGAUGAAUGCUCAAGGGAAGAACAUAUAGAAGAUGGAGAUCAUGAUGAUCUUGAUGGCAAAGCAGAGAGUGAAGGAGAGGCCGAGGGAAUAGAGGAUGCAAACUUUGUUGGAGGAGACACGUCAUUGCAAUCUUUAGAUCGUUUUUGGCUUACAGCAAAACCAUUGGUAAAGCGUAUGGUUUCUCCAUUACACACUGGUGGGAUAAAAGAUUGCAACGUUUUUUACGGGAACGAAAGUUUUUAUGUUCUUUUUCGGCUUCACCAAGUGUUGUAUGAUAGACUAUUGUCUGCUAAAGUUUUUACGACAUCUGCUGAAACAAAGUGGAGAGCUACUAAGGACACCUCUCCACCCGAUUUGUACUCUAGAUUUAUAAGUGCUCUUUACAGCCUGCUUGAUGGUUCUGCUGAUAAUGCGAAGUUCGAAGAUGAUUGUCGGGAUAUCAUCGGAAAUCAAUCUUAUGUGUUAUUUACAUUAGACAAGCUGAUUUUUAAGCUUGUCAAACAGCUUCAAACUGUGGCAGGUGAUGAGACAGAUAACAAACUUCUCCAACUGUUCGAGUAUGAAAGAUCACGUAAUUCUGAGAAAUAUAUUGAUUCUGUAUACUACGAGAAUGCACAUAUUCACAUUCAUGAUGAAAACAUAUACAGAUUUCAGUGUUCAUCUAGCCUAUCUUGUUUGACCAUCCAGCUGAUGGAUGAUGGAAAUGAAAAGCCCGAAGUAGUUGCGGUUUCUGUAGAUCCUAAUUUUGCAGCCUAUCUCCAGAAUGAUUUCCUUUCGGUUGUGCCUGAAAAAAAGGAAUCUGGCAUUAUGUUGCAGAGAAGUAAACGGCAAUUCUUGGACAUGGGUGAAUCUGCUGCUCUGUCAGCUGCCAUGGAAGGUGUUCAAGUGGUCAAUGGCUUGGAGUAUAAGAUAUCUUGUAGCUCGUCAAAGCUUAUCACCAUUGGCAACAUCCCUCAUUCAUUGGCACACUCUUCAUUGUUGAUGUUAACGUGCCCCUCUUUAAGUUGGGUGUCUCUCCUCCAUGUUGAGUGCUGGCAGAUCUCCUACGUCCUCGAUACAGAAGAUUUCUUCUCCCGUGAAAAAAGAAAAGGAAGAAAAGCCUCUGGAAGCAUACUAUCCUCAAGUUGCCAUGCUCAAGCAAAAGUACAACGGUUUCACAGAUUCUUAGAAACCUCUAUACAGUAGCACUCAAUGCCAUUGCUCCAUGAACUUCAAGAAUCUUGCUGGCAUAAGUUUGCUCGGUACUAGUGCUACUUGAGGCAGCUUUAAUUUGUGAGAAAUAGGUUCGGUAAUAUAACGAUCGCCUUGUGAAGUUCAUACAGACAGUGGGAUAUGAACCAUCAGUUGUGUAAAUAGGCAUGGAGAUUUCAUGUUACAACUGGUAUAUCUGCUCGUCUAAUUGCUUCUAUUUUUGCUGUGCUUUGACACAUGAUACCCUUUUGUCUGUAACCGUUUUUUUUCUUUUUGUAACAUUUCUGUCCCAAUUUUUGUGGUCGGUCAAUGAAUAUGUAAUGCCAGAAUUAUAUGAAGGUGGAGGAAGGGUUUUUGUUUUUCCCCUAAAAAAUAGGAAGCUCCAACUCCAGGAAGGAAGGAUAUUCUGGGCUUUUGUACAGAGCUUACUACCAACUGUUGAUGUUUUAAGCAAUUCUGUAAUCUGACAUUUAUUUGACCCCCAAUAGUUGAUCUAUCGUCUGUCCUGUUUUUCUUUA